GGGGGGGGGAAGUGAAGUAUCUUGAAUAUUCUGAAGUAUCAGUUGGGAUCUAUCAACCCAAGGGGCUGCUGAGAGAGUAGUAAGUGAGAGCCUGUUGUCUGGAUGCAUUAAUUCAGACAUUGAACAAUUGUUUCUUGAAGAACUUGCAAAGUUACUACUUUGUUAUGUUCCAAUUGUGGUCUUUAGCUUAGGUUUGAGAGGAGCAGUGCCUCUUAAGUUCUAUAUUUUAAUGUUGAUAAGUUUAUGGAGAAUAUAUAGUAUUAUAGUUAGACUACAUUCUUAAUUAGUGAAGUGCUUUUCUAGUUUUUCUUUUUUUAUUAACAUUUUUAAGAGGAGAAAGUGAAGGUUGUACUGUUAAGUGGAGAAGGCCUCAUUCAAAUAUACAAGCACAACAGGAUUGUAGUGGGAAGAAGUGUGUGAAAUAGCUAGUUGUGGAGUUGUUAAAGGAGACUAUAACAUAAGGGGUGUUUAUGCUAAUUAGGACAACCAGUGAUUGUACACUGAAGUAGAGUUCAGUUUGAUUAAUCUCUUAAGCAUUUUAAUUUAGAAAUUAUUUUUCCCUCUAUAGUACUAGUGUUUUCCAAAUUAUACUUGUAUACUUGAAAUAUCAAGAAUUUUAGAGAGUAGUGGUGAUUGUUUUCAUCUUCUGAAAUGUUAGAUCAGAAUUUAAAAGGUGAUCAAGCUCUAUAGCAUCAGCUGUAAAAGCAGUGUGGUCCUUUGUUUUGAGAUGGCAGGCCCAGUACAGAGUUGUCUUACAUAAUAUUUUAGGUUGGCAGGGAAAUAUGGAGAUUAUCUGAUCUUGUCUCCCUCUUAGACAAGGCCAACACUGAAAUUGCAUCAGGCUAUUCAGUAUCUUUUUCACGCCACUUUUUAAAUGUUUUCAAGAAUGAAGAUUCCAGAAUCUCUCUGUUUAGUGUGUUUCGCUGCUGGGCUAUACUUGAAGUGAAUAAUUUUAUCUCUGUAUUGAAGUGAAAUCCUUGCUGAGAGUUGCUUGUUACCUCUUGUACUCCCAUUUAGCGUAGAUGAGCAUGUCUCAGAAGAAAGGGUGGAACACUACUUCUGUGAUCAUCUGAUUUUAACUCUGAUUUGUGUAAGAAAGCACACUGCUCAUGGAAUUGAAUUUUUUAUGCAUUUGUUGAAAUUCUCAAAAUGACUCUUCCAAUUUUGGUGAGGUCCAGAAAAGUCAAAAGCAUUAUACAUUUGAAAGAUUCUAUUUAGGACGUUAUCUGCUUUUCUUAAAUAUUUUUUCACUUCCUAUUCCUAGUACAAAUCUAAGACUUCAAGAUGAUGGUUCUAUCAACUCUUAAAAAAAAUUACUGUUGAUUUGGGGGGAAGGGGGAAUCAACCCUGUGUGAGGCAGGACUGAACUAUAAAACCCAGGGUCCGCUCCUUAACCUCACUUAAGGCUCUGGCAGUCAAAGGAGAAGCAUCUCUACUUGGAGCUGGCCUCCUCUGGGAGUUUUCUGGUGAGCUGUUAUCCUUGGUAAGGGGUAAGCUCUUCCUUCUUUAUUACUUAGUUAUGACCACUACCUUUCUUGGGUGAUCUGAGAAUGGAUCACUGGCAGUUAUAUCCUCUGCCUUGUACAAGACAAAAAUGUGCAUCUUGAAAACUAAUUACAUAGAAGUAGAUCACCAGAUUAACUCAUUUGAUUGUGCAAAGACUUGAGAGGUAAAACAAGAUUACAUGGUGUGAAUGUGUAUGCUGUAUGUGGCAUGGAAGAGAAGUGUUCUAAUCUAAUGCAGGAGGAUAAGAUGCUCUAGCAGGUUGCUGAUGCUGACAAGAGCAGCUUUACCUUUUUCCCCUACCCCUGGUUGCCCUGGUUCUUCCCUUCUAGUUUGGGUGCUAAUCAGGCCAGUAUGAGUAACUUUGACUCUUUGGUCCACUUGGGAAACUGUAUUUUGAAAGCAGAAUAAGUCUGAUUUAGCUUAACUGAUCACCACACUCAAAUUUACCGUAUUUGCCAUGUAAACUCUGUCUGAGAUGCAAAAGUAUUUACACAGAUGAUGAAAAGAUGUGUGCUGUUUUAAGGUCCUAUUCCUCUUCCCAGUCCUAGCCAAGAAGCCCAUUAGGAUGUAUUUGUCAUCAGCUUCUAAAAGCAAAGUAGGUAAUAUCUUGUCUUACAGUUUCCAUCUCUUGAGCAAUCAAUUACAUUCUUGAAGAAUGUGGAAUCCUGUUAGAGUUGGUCAUGUAUGUUACUAACCCACAUCACUCACAGCCACUGAUGUUCUAAAGAACAAGGAAGAACAAGUGAGCUGUUGAGAGUUAGGUUAGUCAUGGGUCAAACAGGAAAAAAAUCUGAGAAAGGACCAAUUUGUUGGCGAAAACGUGUAAAAUCAGAAUAUAUGAGACUGAGGCAGCUCAAGAGAUUCCGACGUGCAGAUGAAGUAAAGAGUAUGUUUAAUUCUAAUCGUCAGAAGAUACUGGAAAGAACUGAAAUAUUAAACCAAGAAUGGAAACAACGUAGGAUACAGCCUGUACACAUCAUGACUUCUGUGAGCUCUUUGCGCGGGACCAGGGAGUGUUCUGUUACCAGUGACAUAGAUUUUCCAAAACAAGUAAUCCCACUAAAGACUCUCAAUGCUGUUGCUUCUGUGCCUAUAAUGUACUCAUGGUCACCCCUUCAACAAAAUUUUAUGGUAGAGGAUGAAACUGUUUUACAUAACAUUCCAUAUAUGGGAGAUGAAGUGCUUGACCAGGAUGGUACCUUUAUUGAAGAGCUGAUAAAGAACUAUGAUGGGAAAGUGCAUGGAGAUAGAGAGUGUGGAUUUAUCAAUGAUGAAAUAUUUGUUGAGCUGGUCAAUGCACUUGGUCAAUAUAGUGAUGAUGAAGAUGAUGAUGGAGAUGACAAUCCUGAUGAAAGAGAUGACAAGCAAAAAGAUCGGGAAGGUAACAGGAUAGAGAAAGAAAGUCACCCACCUCGGAGGUUUCCAUCUGACAAGAUAUUUGAAGCCAUUUCCUCAAUGUUUCCAGAUAAGGGUACAGCGGAAGAAUUGAAAGAGAAAUACAAAGAACUCACUGAACAGCAACUUCCAGGAGCUCUUCCUCCUGAAUGCACACCUAACAUAGAUGGACCAAAUGCUAAGUCUGUUCAGAGGGAGCAAAGCCUGCAUUCUUUUCAUACACUUUUCUGUAGGCGCUGUUUUAAAUAUGAUUGCUUCUUACAUCCAUUCCAUGCAACUCCAAAUACUUACAAAAGAAAGAAUACAGAAACAGCAUUAGAUAAUAAGCCCUGUGGACCGCACUGUUAUCAGCAUCUGGAAGGUGCAAAGGAGUUUGCAGCUGCCCUGACUGCUGAGCGUAUAAAGACACCACCGAAGCGCCCAGGUGGUCGCCGAAGGGGAAGACUUCCAAACAACACCAGCAGACCUAGCACACCAACAAUAAAUGUGUUGGAAUCAAAAGACACAGACAGUGACAGAGAAGCUGGAACAGAAACUGGAGGAGAAAACAAUGAUAAAGAGGAAGAAGAAAAGAAAGAUGAAACAUCCAGUUCUUCUGAAGCAAAUUCUAGGUGUCAAACACCAAUAAAGAUGAAGCCAAAUAUUGAGCCUCCGGAGAAUGUGGAAUGGAGUGGUGCAGAAGCCUCAAUGUUUAGAGUUCUUAUUGGCACCUACUAUGACAACUUCUGUGCAAUCGCCAGACUAAUUGGGACCAAAACAUGCAGACAGGUGUAUGAGUUUAGAGUAAAAGAAUCUAGUAUUAUUGCUCCGGUCCCUGCUGAAGAUGUUGAUACUCCUCCCAGAAAGAAGAAAAGGAAACACAGGUUGUGGGCUGCUCAUUGCAGAAAGAUACAGCUGAAAAAGGAUGGUUCAUCAAAUCAUGUUUACAACUAUCAGCCAUGUGAUCAUCCACGUCAGCCUUGUGACAGCUCAUGCCCUUGUGUUAUUGCUCAAAACUUCUGUGAGAAGUUUUGUCAGUGCAGCUCAGAAUGCCAAAACAGGUUUCCUGGAUGUCGUUGUAAAGCACAAUGCAACACUAAGCAGUGUCCAUGUUACCUAGCUGUUCGUGAAUGUGAUCCUGAUCUCUGUUUAACUUGUGGAGCAGCUGACCACUGGGACAGCAAAAAUGUUUCUUGCAAGAACUGCAGCAUCCAGAGAGGAUCCAAAAAACACUUACUAUUGGCACCUUCAGAUGUGGCAGGCUGGGGAAUUUUCAUCAAAGAUCCUGUACAGAAGAAUGAAUUCAUCUCUGAAUACUGUGGUGAGAUUAUUUCUCAGGAUGAGGCAGACAGAAGAGGAAAAGUAUAUGACAAGUACAUGUGCAGCUUUCUGUUUAACUUGAAUAAUGAUUUUGUGGUUGAUGCAACACGCAAGGGAAACAAGAUUAGAUUUGCAAACCAUUCAGUAAAUCCCAACUGCUAUGCAAAAGUUAUGAUGGUUAAUGGUGAUCACAGAAUAGGAAUAUUUGCUAAAAGAGCCAUUCAGACUGGUGAAGAACUCUUUUUUGACUACAGAUAUAGCCAAGCUGAUGCCCUUAAGUAUGUGGGUAUAGAAAGAGAAAUGGAAAUCCCUUGACACCAGCUACCUCUUCUUAUAAACAUACAGCUGCCUUAUCUUCAGGAAAUUCUAGUACUGUGGGCAAUUAAGAAAGAAAAAGCUAUUUGAAAUUCUGUGUUUGCAAAGUACUGUAACAGUAAUUUAUAGUAACCAAUUUAAAAAAAAAAAACUUUUUAUUGCCUUCUCACCAGCUACAGUGUUUUGUACCUAUGACCUUUUGCAAUAAUGUGGUGUGGUGCAUUUUUUUCAAUCUUGAAUAAAUGAUACUUGAACUUCUUCA